UGGACGUGCACGAAUAACGGGACAGCAAACAGCCUAUAAUGAUUUUCCUGUUCAACUUUAUAUGUGCGGUUAUAACGAGAGCGCUGUUCAUCCUCAUCUCACUGAUAGGGGUCUGGAGGGUGACCAGUGUGAAGAAUGACCUUAGGUACUGGUAUCUGACCUUUCUUUUCCUGCCUCUUGUCGUUGAGAUGAUCAUUACCCUGAAGCGGCGAAAAGGACAAGAUUACAAAUGGUUCUCUCCAGCCAUCCUGCUCUUUCUCAUCAGUAUCAUUCCCUCCAUUUGGAUCCUGGAGCUCCACCACCGGCUGAACAAAACCACCGACCCUCCGUGUAAGCAGUUUGACGCUUUGGUGCGUGGAGUGAUAAAUCCUAACGGGACUGCCAGUAACCUCACCUACCAAGACCACCUGAAGAGUUUUGAGAAGGUGUUGUCAACGGUCUGUCCCAACGACUGGAUCCUGGCUCUCCAUCAGAUCCUGCUCAUCCUGCUCAUUCUGGGGAAAUGGCUCCUUCCUUUAGGAGGCGGAGUCACUCGUGACGAGCUUUCUCAGCUCCUCCUCAUUUUUGUUGGCACAGCAGCGGACAUCCUGGAGUUUACUAGCGAGACGCUGUCAGAUGUCAAAGAGAGCAGUCAUGAGCUGGUUUACAUCAUCUUAGCUGUAUGGACCUGGAGCAUGUUACAGUUCCCCCUGCAUCUGGGAGUGUCGAACUCCAAGCCAGAGAGCGAGGGCGAACCUGGCAGCCAGAAGGUCUCCCUGUUCACGAAACACAGGUCGGACAUGUGGGCUAUCGUCGAGUCCCUCUUCAUCCAGGACGGGCCUUUCCUGGUGGUCCGGCUCACGGUCAUGACCUGCUUCGAUGUCUUCCACCAGAUGCUGGUCUUCUUCGCCAUCAAGAACUUCCUGGUGGUCGUAUUGAACUUGUACAGGUUGAUUGUUAUAUGCCAGGACUUCAGGCAAGCCAGCAAAAACACCGGUGAAGGCUCUUCCCUUCCGUGAAUAUGACGAGGCAGCUAAAAGAAAGAAAACAAGAAAACAGAGGUGUUAGGAGAUGGGUAGAAAAACAACAAUCAAAGUAGGGAAAGAAGUAAAAUGUUUGUUUUCUGUUUCCUGUUCCCAAUGAUGGAGUUAAUGAAAUGAAUAAAAGUGUAACCGAUUCACUGUGAAUAAUAAACAGCAUUGGGUGGAGAAAACUAUGAGCAAACAUUUUCUUACACUACCAUGGGGAUACAGGUUGCCAAAUUCAGAUUGCACGCUUGACUGCCAAGCACCCGUCCCAUUUUGAACG